CGCGGCGUAGCCGCAUAAUUUGAUACAUGUGCAAGAAACGGAAAUUAAUUAAACCGAAAUACGUACAUGUACAGGCCAGUAAUGACUAAAUCAGAUGGUAUCACUACUCACCUUGAUAAUUGAUGAACCUAUCCUGUAUACGCCGAUCUCACCUUGUAUACCCGAGUAACCUGGAAUACGAAGCAUUCAUCUCGAUUUGAGAGAUUCCCUCAUUAGCAACGCCAUAGGUUUUCUCCUGAAGUCUCAUUCCUUUCCAGCAGCCAUUCCGCUUAACUCCCGUACUCUCUACAGCAAAAGCAGCAUCAUCGACCAGCUAUAAUGUGGCCUUUUACAGUCUAUCCGGAGCGCUCACUGUCUGAUAUUAACGGAAAGACAUAUGACUAUGUUAUUGUAGGAGGUGGAACUGCAGGCUGCGUUCUCGCAUCACGGCUUUCUGAGGACCCCAGUGUCUCCGUUCUUCUCAUCGAGAGAGGAUAUGUUAAGAACAAUCUGAUAUCCCGGGUGCCGUUGCUGAGUCAAAAUCUUUUCUGGACAAAGACCCUGCAGGUACAAGACAAAAUAUGGUCAGAGCCUAUAGAGAGCGCUUAUGGGAGGAAAAAUCGAUUGUGGGCAGUUAACGGCAUCGGAGGUGCAUCUCGUCUCAAUGCUAUGCUUUGGACCCGAGGCAGUCCAGGAGAUUACACAAUGUGGAGCAAGUUAGGCUUGACAGACUGGUGCUGGGAAAAGGUUGAGCCAUACUUUCGACGCCUCGAGCGUGUCGAAGGGUCAGCCCACCCGUCACACCAAAAUUCAAGAGGAUGUCACGGACCUAUCCAAUUGCGCAAACCACUGUACUCGUUUCAAUGGAUUCAGUAUUUAAAGGUGGCAGCUCACGGAGUUGGUCUCGCGACUUUCGACAGUUGCAAUGAUCCCACGGCGCCCUCUUACGGCUACUUUCCUCUAGAGACUGCUAUUGAUAAGAACGGUGAAAGAGUCUCGACUUUAACAUCAUAUCUAAGCAAAGAAAUCGCUCAAGAAAGGGUAAACCACCUCAGUGUGUGCACAGGUACAGUUGCUACACGUUUGGAAAUUAUUCAAAAUGAUGGAAAGGAUUGCAUUGUUAGUGGAGUCCAUGUUCGAUCAUCUAGUGAUCUCGAAUCGGAUUUUGAAGGGUUCGUAAAAGCUCGAAGAGAGGUCAUUCUAGCAUGCGGAGCUAUGACUACGCCUCAAUUAUUACUUCUCAGCGGCAUAGGACCAAGUGGUGAUGACUCUGUGGAAUCACAAUUGGGCAUUCCCCUCAUCAAAAAGCUCCCUGCUGUAGGAGCUACCUUUUCCGACCACUAUUCAAUCCCGAUCAUGCUCGAAAUUCCCCUCCAAGAGACACUGCACUUUCUUGAGAGUGCUCUUUGGGGCCUUUGGCACUUUCUCGUAUGGAUAUUCAUGGGGAAGGGUUUAAUGAGCUUGAGCUCUGCCCCAGCCGCAAUCUUUCUCCAUACGGAUGCGAUUAACGAAGAAACAAUGCAGGUAACAGCAAAUCAUACAGGUAAUGAGACAGCUGAAUCUAAGGUUCCGAAUAUUGAAGUCAUGAUUAUACCUCUCAAUUCACUUGAACGCGCUGUGCCAGGGCGCUCAUUGUUUUCUAUCUAUCCAACAAUACUCCAACCUCGGGCAACAGGCCGUCUCAAGAUUACAAGUAGGAAUCCCCUCGUAAAUCCGAGCAUAACGCAUCCCAUGUUGGGCCACGAAGAUGACCUGAGAGCAACUCGACUUGCUGUACGUUUCUCAAUGCGACUAGCCUCCGAGUUUCAGAAGUUUUAUCCGUUUCCUGCUCCAUUCGCAUUUGCACCUGGCAAUGAAGCUGAGUCUCUCUGUGAAUGGGAGCAGCCUGGGUCUACCCAUAAGGGGACAUCAUCUUACAAAGACUCAAAGCGGGUGAAAAAGACAUGGAAAGACGUUACCGAUGUUGAGAUUGAUGACUAUAUGCGGAGAGUUGGCCACACGGCUCUCCACUUUACCAGUACAUGUCCUAUGGGCUUAGAUGAGCAAUCUGGAGUCGUAGAUCAAAAGCUUUUGGUUUUCGGCUUCAAGAACCUUAGGAUUGCUGAUGCUAGUGUGUUCCCAAAGAUAACCAGUGGACACACUAUGGCUCCAGUUCUGAUGAUUGCUGAAAGGUGCGUAGACUUUGUGAAGGGCGCUUGGAAGGAUUCGGACAUUCGAAAAUCUAAAUAGUAAUUGAUGUAACUACAUACUAAAAAAGUAUCAAUAUCA